AUGGGCGAAAGAUGGACGAAAGCCCUUGAAAGUGGAACUGAUUCUUAUCUGGUUGUUCAAAGCCUGCCUACUUUUGAUGACAUGAAAUUCAAGACCCCCUUAAAUAAAGUAAAGGCAGCUGAUCCCGAUUUCCUUGAUCCUUCAUCUGGAUGGGCUGUCGAUAGAGUCCUCUCAAGAUUCGAGCCCUUUAGUUUGUUAUCAAGCAGCUUAAAGGGUAAUCGCUGGCCACAAACUUGCAAGAGUCAGCUAUUUGUUCACAUUCAAGCAUUCGUUCCCCAUGUUCAAGCUAGUCGAAUCAGGUUUCAAAUCGGUGCUGGAACUUCUACAAUUGCUUUAGCUGGAGCAGCACUCGGAAUUGGAAAGAUAUUCAGUUCGGUCAUCCAUUCAGUAGCACGGAGUCCGGAAUUGGAUACUAAAUUAUUUGGUUAUGCCAUUUUAGGCUUUGCUCUCAUGGAAGCCAUUGCCUUGUUUGCUCUUAUGAUUGCCUUUCUGAUCUUCUUCGAAUCUGCUUAUCUACUUGCCUUUCAACCUCAGAGCAUUCAGUUCAGGUACCGCAGCGGUCGACGACUUGGCUGGGGCAGAUCUUCACUCAUUAUCCUUCUUCGAACCUUUUGGUAUGUAUUGCCCCCUAACUACAGAUCAGAUCCAGCAGAUGAGAAAGAAAAUUCCGCACUGCUGCUGAGUCGUCGGACUUAUCCACCAAGGGAUUCGUGGAAUUUCUCGCCCCCUUUUGGGUAUGCAGGUACUAAGUGUCCUCUCACUACCAACCAACAAACAUCAUCUGGCUGGGUCUUGCCGGCGUAAGGGAGAUCGGAGCAACAGGUAACGCCUAGACGACGUUUUUCUUCAUGGGAUGCAGUAAGUAGAUCGAGAGGUCGUUUCGCCCCUUGUCCCCGAAUAUGGGUAAUAUGUUCUCAUACAAUGUUGCUCCAAUCUGACCUAGCUGGCGAGCGAUCCCAGUUUGCGACAGAGAACAAGACAGCAAGCGAGUGUACCUUUGUUCGCUUCUUCUCCACCAAGCACGGAAGUUUAUGGAUAACUGUAGGUCGGUGGCUACCUAAGGAAACUCCGAUUCGAUCCGCCCCCCGGCUGGGAGGCAUCUACCUCAUCCCGAUCACAAGGAGGGGUUCACUAUGAUGGGGGGUACUUCUUUUUUUCCCUUCUGGAAAGAAUGAAAUGCAUAGGGGACCAUCCUUUUGUUGCGGCAUGCUCCUCAGAUUUACGGAUUCACAGGGGGGCUCAGGCCCUACUUAGUAGACUCACAAUGACAAAGGCUUGCGAAACUAAGUAGGGCCUUUUGAAUUGAAUCUUAAGUAGUCUAUCAGUGGUGCA